CAUAUAUAGUAUCGAAGGAUAUAAAAAUGGAAGAUGGGUUGAAGUAACCAAAAACUUUUUGAAGUUUUAAUAAUUAUAGUUUAAUUAUAUUGAUGGCUAAGUAAUUUAUGAAGGUCAAUAUUAAAAUGGUAAAAAAAUUGGGAAAUGGGAUAUUAAAGUUAAGAAUGAUUUAAAAGUUGAAAAAAUAUAAAAAUAAAUUUAUAAUUCUUAGUGGUUAUGGAGCUUAUGAUGAAAAAGAACAUAAAAAUGCUAUUUGGCUGGAAUUGAGUGAGAAUUAUCGGAAGUAUUAAUACUAUUAUCAUAAAAGUAUGUAAAUAGAGGUCACAUAUUAUGGAGAAUACAAAAAAGAUAAAAAAAUUGGAAAAUGGGAAAUCCAUUACAAAUAUUCAAGUAAUUAUCCAUUUAAAUAAAUGUAACUAUUAUAUAUCUAUAUAAACGUGAUAGAGGUGGUGGAUCAUAUAAUGAUGAAAGUGUUAAAUAUGGUAAUUGGAUAGAAUUGAGUGAUUAUUUUU